AUGGCUACCCCUAGUGUCCUCGCUUUUCACGCUGAGGGUCGGGCCAUUGACUUUGAGGUCUGGGUAGAUGACCUGCAGCUGUUCUUACAGUGCGAUAGGGCAAACGGCCUCUCUCUCUUUGACCUUACCUCUGGCGCUUCCCCUGCUCCUGCUGCUGAUGCUGACCCUACUGUUCGCUCCCAGUGGGCUACGCGCGAUGCUGCUGCACGUCUUGCAGUGCGUCGCCACCUCCCUACCUCUGAGCGUGCGCACUUUAGUCAGUACAAGAGUGCUCGGACCUUGUAUGACGCUGUAUUUGCGCGCUACUCCUCCCCUGCCACUGCUGCACUGACCCGCCUCAUGCUACCCUUCCUCUUCCCUGACCUUGCCGCCUUUCCCACAGUCGCUGAUCUCAUUACGCACCUCCGCACUAGUGACACCCGCUACCGCGCUGUGCUUCCUGCUGACUUCUACGCCAAGAACCCCCCUCCCAUGUACAUCACUCUCUACUUUCUAGUCACCCGCCUCCCCGACUCCCUUCGUGUAGUCCGGGACCACUUCCUUGCGGUCUGUCCCACCACUCUCACAGUCGACAGCCUAGAGAAGGCCCUCCUAGCGGCGGAGAAGAGCAUCGUCGCUGUAGGAGCCUCUCGAGGUGACCCCCGCGCCCCCAUCUUUGAGGGGUGUUCUCCUUCCCCUCUCUUGCCCUCUGUCGCCUCUGCCGCUACGGCCGACCUCGUUGGUCUUGAGUCGGUCGGUGCGGCGUCUGCCCCUAGCGGGAGACGCCGCCCUGGCAAGGGCAAGGGGGGCAAGGGAGCGGGUGGGGCCAGCGGGGGCGGUGGCGGUGGAGGUGGAGGCGGCAGAGGGAGUGGGGGUGGCGGUGGAGGAGGUGGCGGGGGUGGGGGUGCUAGUGGCAGCAGUGGUGGCGGAGGCGGCGUCGGCGGCGGCGAAACUGGCGGGGGUGGCGGCGGUGGCGGAGGUGGAGGAGGUGGAGGUGGAGGUGGAGGUGGUGGAGGUGGUCGGAGUGGCACUUCUCAGCGGAGCGGCACUGGGGGUGGUCAGCGCCAGCAGCAGCAGCAGCAGCAGCGUUCUCGCGACCUCCCCACCCCUCAGCAGCUUCGUAAGUGGGCUGGCGUACCUAUCUUUGAUCUUGACUUUGAUGCUAUCCUUGCUGCCAUGUAUGCUGUGACUAUUAGUGAUGAGGGUGACUGUUACCGGUGUUUUCCACCCGACCCGGGCAUUGAGACUGCUGCUCUAGGUACUGGUGAGGCUGCUGCCCUAGGUGCUUGCGACGCUGCUGCUCUGGGUGCUAGUGUGUCUGCGUCCCCAGGUACUGGUGAGUCUGCGCUCUCAGGUACUACGUCGGCUUCGGCCUCUCACACCUUCACCCUUGACUCUGGGGCAUCUCGCUCCUUCUUUCGAGAUCGCACCACACUCACGCCGCUUAGUCGGCCGGUUGCGGUUUCCCUGGCUGACCCCUCAGGGGGUCCUGUCCUGUCUUGCUUCUCCACUGUCCUCCCGUGUCCGGCGGCUCCCUCUGGCACCCUGUCUGGUCUCUACCUCCCCUCGUUCUCCACGAACUUUGUGAGUGGUGCUGACCUACAGGAUGCUGGAGUCCACCAGUUCACCCCUGCUCGUCAGCGGGUGACGCACUGCACAGAGGCUAGCACAGGUGUUUUCUGCAGCGUCCAGGGGCGCCAGCGUGCUGCCCCUCACUCCUCCCAGUUUCCUCCGACUGAGGCCCCGUUGCAGACGCUUCACAUGGACGUGUGGGGCCCCGUCCGCAUCCGUGGACAGGAGCGCCGCAUUGGCAUGGUCAUGGACGUCGCUCGUACGUCUAUGAUGCAUGCGGCUGCCCCCCAUUUUCUGUGGCCGUUUGCGGUGAGGCACGCGGCGCACUUGAUCAACCUUCACCCGAGGGUCUCGAGGCCGAAAACCUCCCCAGCCCUGCUGUGGACGGGGAAGGUUGGCGAUGCGUCGGCGUUCCGGGUCUGGGGAUCUCGGGCGUUUGUCCGCGACUUGUCUGCGGACAAGUUGUCCCCUCGUGCUGCUCCCUGCGUCUUCUUGGGGUUCCCCUCCGACGCCCCUGGGUGGCAGUUCUACCACCCCACCUCUCGCCGUGUUCUGUCCUCCCAGGACGUCACGUUCGACGAGUCGGUACCCUACUACCGCCUCUUCCCCUACCGCACUCCUUCCCUCCCCCCACCCCCGCUCUUCUUGGUACCAGGUCCCCCCCCGGUAGACCCCCUCCCCCCUCAGGGUCCUGCCCCUUCAGAUGUGUCCCACGAAGACGCGGUCGAGCCUGUCGAGGUCACUAGUGACUCUGGUGCUGCUGCGGGUUCUGAGCCUAGGGGUGCUGAGACUAAGCGUACUGUGCCUAGGGGUGCUAAGACUGGGGGUGCUGAGCGUGGGGGUGCGGAGCCUGGGGGUGCUGAGCCUAGGGGUGCUGAGCCUGGGGGUGCUGAGCUUGGGAGUGCUGAGCCUGGGGGUGCUGAGCCUGGGGGUGCUGAGCCUGGAGGUGCUACGCCUGGAGGUGCUUUGCCUGGGGGUGCUGAGCCUGGAGGUUCUUCGCCUGGAGGUUCGCCGGGUGCUUCGUCUCGCCGAGAGCCACUCUCCCCACAAGAGCUGCGUGAGUGGUUUGCCCGGCGCUGGAGGCGUACUGCUGGUGCUGGAGGUUCUUCGACUGCUAAGGGUGCUGCUGUCGCGGGUCCCGGAGGUGCUCGUACUGGGAGUACUGGAGCUGCUGGGCCUGCGGGUUCGACUGGAGCUGGUGCUGCUGAGGGUGUUGGCGCUAUGACUAACACUGGCGGUCCUGCUGGCGGUGCUUCUGGUGCUGCUGGGGGUUCCGGAGCUGCUGGGGGUGCUGCUGGAGGUGCUACUGGAGCGGGUGCUCCUGCUGGGGGGACUGGUGCUGUCCCUGCUGUGUAUGGCGUCGCCGCGCGGCCUCGACCGUACUUCGUUCCGCUCCUGCAGCAGGUUCUUGGUCUUCCACCUUCUACUGGCUCUCCUCCUCUCUUAGAGGGUCCACAGCCUGUCCCGUCCCAGUCACAGCUACAGCCUGCCUCCCCCUUACCUGCUCCUUCUCCCUACGCUGGUCCUACUGGAGGUCUUACUGAGCGUCGUGAGCCUGCGUCUCGUCCUGCGUCGCCUAUUCGUCCUGCACGCACUAGUGGUCGCAGUUCGCGUCAGCGUCCUCCUCCUGUCCCUGGCACGCACCGGAUGUCGCUGCGUCCGUCUACUGCUCCUCUACGUGGCCCGUUACCUUCUCCUCCUGAGUCCUCUCUUCUUGCUCUUGCCGACCGGGAGUCGGACUCUCUUCGUGCUGCCAGUCCUACUGUCAUGCGUUUCCUUGCUAGUGUCAUCACUGACCCUUCUUUCGAGUCUUCUGCUGCGUCUGCCCUCGUUACUGAGCUCGUCGACUUUGCUGCUCGCUGUCACCUAGACUACGCUGCUAGUCUUGUCGCAGAGUCUGAGUCUGUCUUUCCUCCGCCCGUCGGGGGUGAGUGUGCCCUUGGCACGGACGUUCUCGAGGACAGGCAAGAGGAGUUCCAGUGCCUGGCAGCCGCUUCACCGCAUCUCUUGUCCGAACUGCUUACCCCUGAGGGAGACCCGGAUGCACUUGACAUCCCGACUCCGCGCUCUUACGCGGAGGCGAUAGAGGGUCCCUACUCCUAUCAGUGGCAGGCAGCUUUGGAUGCAGAGAUGGCUUCCUGGAAGUCCACAGGCACCUACGUUGACGCUGUCCCCCCUUCUGGGGCGAACAUCGUCAGUGGCAUGUGGAUCUUCAGGGUGAAGCGGCCGCCGGGUUCUCCGCCUGUCUUCAAGGCGCGUUACGUGGCUCGUGGCUUCAGUCAGCGGCACGGGGUUGACUACUUUCAGACCUUCUCCCCCACCCCGAAGAUCACCACUCUUCGGGUACUGCUGCACGUUGCUGCUCACCGUGACUACGAGCUGCACUCUCUCGACUUCAGCACUGCCUUCUUGCAGGGCAGCCUGCACGAGGAGAUCUGGCUGCGCCGCCCACCUGGCUUCACUGGGUCUUUCCCUCCUGGUACCCAGUGGAGUCUCCGGCGUCCAGUUUACGGUCUCCGCUAG